GCAGCAGAGCAGUACGAGCAGAGGCCAUCUCACAAAGGGAAAACCUUGUCUGCGAUUACUACUACUACUAGCAAAAUGUGGAAGAAAUCAUCAAAGGUGACAGAUCAGACAGCAGCAGGCCAAGUGGGCAUUAGGAAGAAGUCCAAAGUGCCUGGUGUGAUGAUCAUGCAAUUUGUGGAAGAAAUUCCAGAAGGAAAGUCUCAUCCAGACUUCACCCGCAAACCCAUUGCUCUGACCAUCCAAGAAGGCAAAUUAGCAGUAUUCAAGGCUAUUGUCAUAGGGGAUCCUAAACCCACAGUCACAUGGGGCAGAAAUAACGGAGAUGUCUCUGAUCCACAGAAAUAUGAAAUUAAGUUUGAUCCUGUUUCUCGCGAACACACACUUGAGAUGCCUAACAUUUCACCAGAACAAGCUGACACGUACAAAUGUUUUGCGGCUAAUGAGUUUGGCAGGGCUUCUGUCACCGUUAUGCUGAACGUCAUUGAAUUGGGAUUCAAAAAGGACAAAGCACAGAGAGCAACUAAAGCGGAACCAACUGAACUCAAGAUGGCACUGAAGAGAAAAAGUAAAGUUCGUCCAAAAACUGAGCAGAAAAAAGAGGGAGAGAUUGACCCAAAGUUUUGGGAGAUUUUGCUGAGCGCUGAUAAGAAAGACUACGAGCGCAUCUGUGCUGAAUAUGGAGUGACUGACUUCCGGUGGAUGCUGAAGAAGCUGAAUGAAAUGAAAAGAGAACGAGAGGAAGAGCAAGCGCAGUUUGUCAAAAGCAUUUCCAACCUGAAGCACAUCGAAGUCAAAGGCGAUGGCACAGCCUCAUUUGAAGUUGAUUUGGACCUUCUAGACAUGAGUAGUAGGAUUUUCGUCUACAAGGAUGGAGAGAUGAUUGAAUACUCCAAAGACAUGGACUUGGAGAUGAAACACAGCCUGAAACAAGUGGGCAAGAAAUUUGUUUUCUCUGUCAGAGACCUCCUCCCUGAUGACGCAGGCCUUUAUCAGAUAGAUGUUGAGGAUGUAAAUAUGUUCUCCACAGAAUUUAAAAUUCCACAGGUGGACUUCUUGGUAAAGAUUCAGGAGGUCAAGGCAAUAGAAAGGGAAGACGCAGUGUUUGAGUGCGUUCUGUCCAAUCCCUUCUCAAAAAUCCUGUGGGUGGGGAAGAAUGUUCCCCUUGCACAGGGAGAAAAAUACGACAUUACGGUGUCAGAGGACAAGCUCAUUCACAGGCUUGUGGUAAAAGACUGUAUGCAAGUAGAUAAAGGCAUCUAUGCUGCUGUGGCUGGAAUCAAAUCUUGCAAUGCCUGGCUGUUAGUGGAAGCUGACAAUGAUCCAAAACUGCAAGGCAAAAAGAAAACAAGAAAAACAACACAGGCUGGAGGAUCAAGCCUUGACCUGACAAAGAUUGCAGCAGAACAGCAAGCCAAGCUGCAGAAAGAGAGAGCGGAGAGGAUUGAGGCUGCUAAAACAGCCAAGGCAGAGAGAGACACAGCAGGGGGAGGAGCUAGCAGCACAUCUGGACCUGGAUCUGGCAUCAGUGCUGAGGAUGGUGUUUCUGGAGCUGAUUUAGGAUUUGGUUCGAGCUCAGGUUCUGGAUCUACACCUGGAUCUGGCUCUAGUUCUGGGGAUCAAUUUGGAGCUGGGAAAGAAACAAGAGGAGACACUUCUAGACACGCUGGGCAUGCUGGAGAUGGACGGACCGGUGUAGCCACUGACGGGGCAGACAGCCAAAUGCACCUGACCAGUGGACUGUCGGAUGUUUAUGCAGCCCGUGGCAAGCCAGCAGAAUUAGCCUGUAAACUCAACAGCAAUGUGGACGGAGUUUGGUUCAAAGAUGGAGAGAAGCUUUCCUCUAAAGGUGGACUGACUAUAUCCAAAGAUAAGAGUAUUCAUAAACUGACUAUCCAAAGUUGCAAGGAUUCCGACUCAGGCCAAUAUGAGUUUGAAACAAAUGACUAUAAAACCAGUGCUACAGUGACAGUUGGAGAUGCUCCAGAAUUUGACCCUGAUGAACUGCACAACUUCUCCAAACCUGUGGUAGUGAAAGUGGGCCAAACUGCAUCCUUUAAGAUGAUGUAUCCACCACAAGAUUCUCUGGAAAUCAAGUGGUUUAAGGAUGCUUAUGAGCUGAAGGAUGGUGGUGGGGUGAAAGUCGUGAAGGAACCAAAUCACAGUCGCCUUCAAAUAAAGGACUGCCUGGAAUCAGAUGCUGGAGAAAUUAGGAUCCAGCUUAAAAACCUUUUUGGUACUGUUGAGGCCUUAUCCAGACUAAUUGUGCUUGGCAAGCCAAGUCCACCAAAGGGCCCUGUAGAUGUAUUGGAAAGCACUGACUCUGUAAUUGAACUUAAGUGGAACCCACCAAGUGAUGAUGGUGGCUCAGCAGUAACAAACUACAUAAUUGAGCGUCAGCAAGUAGGCCAAAGUUUCUGGAAAAGGCUGGGGGAUGUGUCAGCAGAUCGAGCAACAUUUAGGGACAGAAAUGUGUCCCAUGGCAAGAGGUACACCUACCGCAUUUAUGCAGAGAAUCCUGAGGGUAUUGGUGACCCCCUGGAGACUGACAACAUCAUGGCCGGCACUUUAAUAUUCCCUGACCCACCAGCUCCUCCUAAGGUGGUCAGCGCAUUUAAGAACUGCAUUAACCUGGAGUGGACACCUCCAACAAAGGAUGGAGGAACAGAACUUCUGGGGUACCUUUUGGAGAAACGCAAGAAAGACACAAACCAAUGGGUAGCUCUAAACCCUGCCAAUGAGCCCAUCAAAGCGUUGAAAUAUGCUGUGAAGGAGGUGUCUGAAGGGUCAGAGUAUGAGUUUAGAGUGUCAGCCAUUAACGCAUCUGGAGCUGGAGAACCGAGUCGGCCCUCUUUGAUGGUCUGUGCUAAAAAUCCCAACUUGAAACCUUAUUUCAAAGACCCUGAAGACUUCAUGGUUGUGCGAGCAGGAAAUUCUGCCAGAAUCAAAAUCAAUUAUGAGGCUUCUCCACUACCAGAAAUCCAGUGGUUGAAAGAAAAUGAGCCUGUAUCUCCAUGGUUCAAUAUUGUCAACGUUGAGGGCACAUCGACUCUCAUUAUACCCAACUCAAAGCGCUCAGACUCAGGCGUGUACACCAUCGUGGCCAAAAAUUCCAGCGGAAAGACUAGUUUUGACAUAGAUGUCAGAGUAACAGAUGAACCCAAGCAACCAGGCCCAGUGGCACUGGAGCAGAUGGUCCAUGGUAAGGUCAUCAUUACAUGGGCUCCUUCACCAGACCAGGAGCUGGACGACCGGCUGCACUACAUGAUAGCAGAGCAUGAGUCCAACACACGCAUAUGGCGCCCAAUAGCUGAUCGCCUCUACUGUUUAACUUUUACCACCAACAUCCACUCGGGCCGAGAGUACCGCUUCAGAGUCUAUGCCAAAAAUGACAUGGGACUAUCCGAGCCCUCUGAGUCACCAAAAUGGGGCAUCAACAGUUGCAAAGCGUCACAAUUCACAGCUCUGCCAGCCUUAAUCACCUUUGAGAGACCCCCCUCCAUUCUGGUUCCUUUGAAAGUCCACACUCCACCAAAGGGGUACCAGUGCUAUAUGACUUGUGCCAUUCGAGGCUGCCCUGCACCCAGCGUCUCAUGGUACCUGAAUGGCAUCUGCAUCAACUCUGACAACCACUACUACAUCACCAACGUUCACGGAGUUUGCUCCUUAUACAUUCUCAGAGUGGGACCCAGCGACGGUGGCGAGUACAAAGUGGUGGCAGUCAACUCAUUUGGGAAAGCAGAGUGUUCUGCCAAGCUGAAAGUAAAAGAUUGAACUUCUGCAUGUGAUAAUGGAAGAUAAUGUAGAUGAUUCAUUUAUUUUUCCAAUCAGACCAUUCACAAACACUCACCAAGUGUGCAUAAUCUCUUUUCUGAACAUUUACCUGACCAUUGCAAUGUCUGGUUUAUUACCCUGUGGAUGUCUGUUAAAAUAAGAAGAAUUAAACUUAAUUUGACUUUCUGUUUC